AUGGGUCCCAUCCACCACGCACCGGCGCAGAUACCGCAGUUUCCGCCAGUGUUUCCCCAUUUCCCCGGAUUGGGAGGAAGUCCCGUGGCGAGUCCCGGCAACGAACUGCCCAUCGUGGGACCGCCUCUGGUCACGUCUUCCAGUUCGGGCAGCUGCCAGAUCUACCAGGGGGUGACGUGCGGCCAGUACCUCGGCAACCGCAGCGUCUUCGUCCGACCGCCACCGGCCACGCUAGCCGCCAUGGAAGAGAAGCUGGCCGCCGCGUUCACCGUCAUCGCCACCUCGCAGGACGUAUCGGCCACGUGCCACAAGUACGCCAUCCCGUCUCUGUGCUUCUUCGUGUUCCCGCCGUGCGAGCCGGCGCCGGGCGCGACGCCCGACCGGCCGCCCGAGCCCCGGUCGGUGUGCCGCGACGAGUGCGAGCUCCUGGAGCAGAGCCUGUGCCGCAUGGAGUACUCGAUCGCCAAGCGGCACCCGCUCAUCGGCCAGCAGAACAUCCUGCCCGUGUGCGAGGACCUGCCGCCCGUCGGGUCGCCCGAGGCCCAGUCCUGCCUGCGCCUGGGGGUGCCCCACCGCGAGACCGACGACGUCAACAAAGAGGAAGGCUGCUACGUGCACGGCGGCGAAGACUACCGCGGCGUGGUGGCCGAGACGGUGUCGGGGCUGCCAUGCCAGCCAUGGACGCACCAGAUCCUGUUCUCGCGCAUCGCCGAGUACCCGGAGAUCGUCGGCGGCCACAACUACUGCCGCAACCCGGGCGGCAUGGAGAGCCAGCCCUGGUGCUUCACCUCGGGCGCCGUCGUCAAAAAGGAGAUCUGCAACAUCCCCAAGUGCGUGGACUACCUGUGGCUGUACAUCCUGCUGCCCAGCAUAGCAACUGUGGCCCUGAUUGGCCUUUUGCUGGGCAUAGCAUGCUUUCGGCGCCGUGCAAAGCCGUCACCGCCACCUUCAGCCAAGAGCUUUGCUGGAAAAGCUGCCCUUCGAGGGCCUGCCCAACAGAACCUCGAGUUGGGGCGACUGCUGCCUCGGCCAACAAGGGCUCCCGAGGUAUCAGCUGCACGAAUCCGUUUCCAUGAGGAACUGGGUGAAGGAGCAUUUGGCAAGGUGUACAGAGGAGAGAUGCUACCCGCCAAGCGUGACUGCAGUGCUCCCGUGCCUGUGGCCAUAAAGACACUGAAGGAGAAUGCGGCCAUGAAGACGCAGCAGGACUUCCAGCGGGAAGCCGAGCUGAUGAGCGACUUGCAGCACCGCAACAUUGUCUGCCUGCUGGGUGUGUGCACCAAGGAGGAGCCCCUGUGCAUGCUCUUUGAGUACAUGCCUCACGGAGACCUGCACGAGUUCCUGGUGGCACACUCGCCACGCUGCGAGGGCGCCACUCAGGUGCUCGACCUGGCCGACUUCCUCCACAUCUCCAGACAGGUUGCCGCCGGCAUGGAGUACCUGUCGGCGCACCACUACGUGCACCGCGACUUGGCAGCACGCAACUGCCUCGUCGGCGAGGCGCUCACGGUCAAGAUCUCCGACUUCGGCCUGUCGCGCGACGUCUACUCGUCCGACUAUUACCGCGUCCAGUCCAAGUCGCUGCUGCCAGUGCGCUGGAUGCCGCCGGAGUCCAUCCUGUACGGCCGCUUCACCACCGAGAGCGACGUGUGGUCCUUCGGCGUCGUGCUCUGGGAGGUGUUCAGCUACGGCCUCCAGCCGUACUACGGCUACGCCAACCAGGAAGUCAUCGACCUGGUGCGUGCGCGCCAGCUGCUGCCCUGCCCCGAGGACUGCCCGCCGCACCUGUAUGCGCUCAUGGUCGAGUGCUGGCACGAGGUGCCCAGCCGGCGGCCGCAGUUCCGCGAGCUGCACGCGCGCCUCUGCUCGUGGCAGGCUCUGCACGCACGCAGCGCCAGCCUCAGCACUCACGGCAGCAACCACACGGGCUCCACGUCGGUCAGCCACAAGGGCGGUGGCAGCCCGCUCCUGGGCGGACCACCCGGAGGCGCCAUUUUGGUGGAAAGGCCCGCCACGCCGCUCGGAGGAGGAGGAGGGAUGACCCGGGGCCCACCCUGCCCGCUCCAGAACCCGCCGCCCCCGCCGCCGCUGUCACACUUUGGGCCGCCGUACAACGCGCUCGACACCAGGGUGUCCAAGGUCUGACAGAUCCCCCGCAGCUGCUACUUUGUGUGAGCUGCGUAGAUCUGUCUCUCCCUCCCAGAAGGCAUUGCUGAGAGUGUCUUGCCUCAGGGAAGUUUCAAUGCUGCGUUACCCACCAAUGGGCUCGCCACGUCGAAACGGACUGGAGAAAAUCCACCGCGGCCAAAGCCGCGGGAGUCGGUGCUCGUGCGCGGCUGCUACUUCUUGUGAGCUUAACGUACCCUUUCCCAGUUGGGUGCCUGCCGUGUGCACCCCCCACGGAGACCUCGUAGCAACCUCACGACGGCAGAGCGCCAAGUAAAACUUUGGCGUCUGAAAGCUCGACAACUUGAGAACUGCUCGUGCCUGGCAGCUGAGUCAAGUGCCGGUCCCUUGAACAAACGGUUGCAGAAGGUUCCCUCAGGAUGUCGCCGACAACAGAGCGAAUCGCGACUGUCUCGGCGACAGCAGUGUGGCGUGGCCUUGUGACUCGUGUGCCGCAUUGAGUGCUUUGACAACUGGUCGACCACCGACAAACGAACUUCAGCAGUGGACACAGCACCCCGAGCUUCAGCAACGACGCCUCGGAGAGCACAUGAAUGUGGCCAAAGUCAGCUAACACUGCCACAGCAAAAGACACUUUGCGCGGAGAAGCGUGUGUAUGCUCUCAAACAGCGAAAAAGUAUGCUAUACGAGAUAGAACAAAGAAUCACAGAAAUGCUUCUCUACCAUUUAUAAAUUGCACACAGUACCGUGGAUAUCACGAAAAGUGUCAGAAGAAUACUCAUCUAAAUGAAACACUUUUGUGUUCAUUUGUCUUAGCAUGGGUAACGUAUCUUCAAGAAAUGAGUCCUUCACAUUUUUUUACUGUCACAACUCGAUGCUGACGCACGUAUGUAUAUCUGCAAUAAGAGACGUGUUCCUAAGCUUGUUUUGAUAAGGCAGCAAAUAUUUUGCCAUCACUGUCACAAUUCUUUUCUUUCUUGCAUUGAACGCAUCCACUUCAGUUGGCCUUGAAUGUGUCGCCGGUGUUCUUUGAGCAAUCAGUGUGUCAGUAUUAUAGAAACAGCCGGGUGCUAUUUACAGUCAGUACUAAUGCCGUACUUCCAAGCAUUGAUAGAUGUGCGAAAGAUGCUGCUUCCCGGUGUGUCUCAUUUGCCAGCUUCUGCAGUGCUAACAGUGCCCGACAUACAGCACAGCACAGUAAGAGUCACAGGUGGACUGCAAUGAAAUUUAACGUUGGCUAGACUGGUAAAAAAAUGUGUAUUAUAUAUAUAUAUAUAUAUAUAUAUAUAUAUGUGCUGCUGCAGCAAUCUUAGCAAAGUUGCAGGGCUGGUACAAUUCUAAUUUUCUCAUUAGCAGCCUUUAAAUAGCAGCCAAGUAAACGAUGCUUUCGGCUGGUGUUUAGAGGAUGUGAAAGCCCAAGCACUUUGCCUCAGAUAUUUUUUGCUGCACCAUGGGCAGCCACGGGCAGCACCUAAUUUCAGAGGUCAUGCCAAGAAGUCGCAUGUUCCGAGCGGUGCAUGACUUAAUUCCAGCAAGCGGUAACGGUGUCGCUUUUUUUCUGUUUCAGUGUCAAAAACAACUUUCGUGAGCCUUUCAGAAAGCAUCCACUCGUAUUUAAAACAUAAAGUUUUGCACAGAAUCUGCUCUGUAUCAACAUACUAAUCUGAAACUAGGCUUUUUUAUGCAGCCCAAAAUUUUGUUGCAGUUGACCUUAAAGGGGAACCAUCUCAUCAUAGACAUUAGAUGUACUGUUUCCACGAGAAUGUUCACUUACAUCAUGGCAUGUGAUGGCUUGCGCAGUUUUUCUCGUCUGGCAAAGCUUAAGAAGAAACCUUCGUUAACCUUAAGCCUACACGCAUGCAAUGCAGACUGAAAUGAUCACACUUUUUUACCUCUUCGGGAACCCAGCUCCCAAGAAACUUCCAGUCUCGCCUGUGGUAAACGCAUCCACUAAAUUUUGCAGGUGCGAAAGGUGCUGUGCGAUAUGUCAUUCCAAUGGCGGCCAUAUUUAUGAAAAUACAUUUCAUUCUUUGUUCUUGUGGUUGAAAGUAGCGUGAAAAAAACAAAUUGCAAGAAAGGCACUAAAAACCGCUCACCUGGACUGAUUCAGCGACAUGAGAUAAAUAUGAAGAAUACACGAAAAGCACAGUACGUGCACGA